AUGAGAAAAACAAAAACCACAAUGUCGAUUCACAUCAGCGAUUCUAGGAAGAGAGGCUCGGAUGAUGUUCUGGCAGGGUUGGCAUCUACAUCCUGUACUCCGAUAGCCAUCGUGGGGCUAAGCUUUCGGGGUCCGGCUGAGGCCACCGAUGCGAACAGGCUGUGGGAAAUGAUCGUGGCUGGCAGGGAGGGCUAUACUCCUAUACCAGCGAGAAGAUGGAAUAACGAGGCGUUUUACCAUCCGGACAACGCCCGUCAUGGAUCUAUCAAUGUGAAGGGUGGUCAUUUUCUCGAGGGGGACAUAUCGGCGUUCGAUGCGCCGUUUUUCAAUAUGACAGGCGAUGAAGCAGCAGCGAUGGACCCCCAGCAGAGGCUCUUGCUGGAAGUGGCGUAUGAAGGUCUUGAGAAUGGUCAGUGGCUUCUUUCUCUUCCUUUCGUCGAUUCGCGUUGCUCACAAGGCGCAGCGGGCAUCCCGUUAGGCAAGAUUGCCGGAACAAACACAUCUUGCUUCGUGGGAUCUUUCUCUGCAGAUUACACUGAUCUGCUUCUCCGAGAUCCUGAUUGUGUACCAAUGUAUCAGUGCACAAAUGCCGGGCAAUCUCGCGCGAUGACAGCGAACCGGCUGUCCUAUUUCUUCGACCUGAAAGGUCCAAGUGUCACGGUUGACACAGCAUGCUCGGGCAGUCUUGUCGCUCUGCAUUUGGCAUGCCAGAGCAUCCAGACCGGCGACGCGUCAACUGCAAUAGCAGCGGGCGUCAACCUAAUCCUCAGCCACGAGUUCAUGUCAACUAUGAGUAUGAUGAGAUUCCUCUCACCCGACGGAAGAUGCCAUACUUUCGACGAAAAAGCAAAUGGAUACGCCCGGGGUGAAGCGGUGGGUUGUCUCAUUCUUAAACCUCUGGCCAAGGCAUUACACGACGGGGACACGAUCCGAGCCGUGAUACGAGGGACCGGGUCCAACCAGGACGGUCGCACUGCUGGAAUUGCAUUGCCGAAUCGGGUCGCACAGGAAAACUUGAUUCGAAGCGUUUAUCGGCGCACUGGAUUGGACCCGGCAGAAACCGACUUCGUGGAGGCACACGGCACUGGAACACAGGCUGGUGACCCUCUUGAAACAAAGGCUAUUUCCCAAGUCUUUGGGGCUAGACGUUCUGCUGACAACCCUGUGCGCAUCGGGUCUAUCAAGACCAAUGUCGGUCAUUUAGAAGGUGCAAGCGGAGUCGCUGGUGUCAUUAAGGCAAUCUUCAUGCUGGAGAAUCGGGUCUUUUUACCAAAUCGGAACUUUAAACGGAUCAAUCCUCAUAUCCUUCUAGACCAAUGGAGCAUCAAGAUUCAACUAUCUACCGAGGCCUGGCAGACAACAGGGCCUCGCAGAGUCUCCGUCAACAGCUUCGGCUAUGGAGGAAGCAACGCCCAUGCAAUACUUGAAGAAACCCAGAGUUGCCUUUCAAGUCUUGGUCUCGAUAUGCAAGGACCUCCGUGGGUACUGUGUGACGAGCCCAUAAAUGGAUUGCGGCCGAACCCGCGAAUUCAAGGUUCCAGAAUCUAUCUCCUGUCAGGGUUUGAUGAAGCCUCAUGUUCCCGACAAAUGGAAAGUUUAAGCAAUUAUGUCCUUAACAAGAACAGUCAAGGCGUCGACGAUAAAUUCAUGGACAGUUUAGCCUUCACAGUCAACGAGCGACGCACACCAUUCCCAUGGAAAGUGGCCGUUGUUGGAGAUAGCUUGGAAAGCCUUGCUGCGUCACUCUCUCAAAAGGUAAAGGCCAGAAGCGCAAUUCGGAAACCGAGAAUCGGGUUUGUUUUCACCGGACAAGGUGCACAGUGGGCAGGAAUGGGUCAAGAGCUGCUCCAGGUAUACCCUGUCUUUAAAGAUUCAAUAUUGAAGAUCGAUCAAUAUUUGAGGAACAUCGGGAGUGGCAUCAGUGCGUUAGAUGAGAUCAUGAAGUCACCCGAGGUCUCCGAUCUGAAUCAUCCAAGCCUCAGCCAGACUGUCUGCACUGCUUUGCAGAUUGCGUUAGUUGAUCUACUCAUAUCGUGGGAAAUUUACCCCGACUCAGUGACUGGCCAUUCGAGUGGAGAGAUCGCUGCUGCCUAUGCUGCCGGUUCGUUGAGCAUGAAGGAUGCAAUGUCAGUGGCACUGCAUCGCGGACUUUUGGCAAGCCAACUCUUGGAUGACCCCAUUCCAGGUACUAUGAUGGCUGUUGGGCUCUCUGUUGAAGAAGUUCAACAAUACCUAGACCUUCUUCCUUCUGGGGAGAUGGUCGUAGGGUGUAUCAACAGCCCAUCAAGUGUGACCAUAUCAGGCGAUACAAAGGCAAUCGAAAGACUCGAAAACAUACUGAAGGAAAAAUCGAUUUUCACCAGGCGCCUAGACGUUGGGGUUGCAUAUCAUUCACCUCAUAUGCAGAAGGUGGCUGAGCAGUAUCGCAGUCUUAUAGAUCAUAUUGCAGGCCCUGAGACGGCCAGUGUGAAAGAGAGCACACCCAAGGUGGCAACCCCAAGGUUCUUUUCCUCGGUUUCUGGAGAAUACCUGCAUUCAAAUGAGCUCACCUACCACUAUUGGGUCUCGAACUUGACAGGACAAGUGAAUUUUGCCGGCUCGCUCAAGACAUUGUGCUUUGAGACUCUGGCCCAACGGUCAAACUGUGUGGGAUCCGGGAAAAAUAAGAAGACCAGGUCUGCAAAGAAGCCAUCUGUGGACUGCCUCCUUGAGAUAGGCCCACACUCGGCACUUGCUGGACCUAUCAAACAGAUUCUCCGUGCUGAUACCAAGCUCAACUCCGCUGAAAUAGUCUACAUCAACAUGUUGACUCGCAACAAGAGUGCAGUGACGACUGCACUGGACGCAGCUGCAACAAUAGCAUCGUUGAACUAUCCAGUAAACUUCAAAGCGAUCAACAGACCCAAUGAUACAAUGGAGCAAGAGACGCCAGCAAUACUUGUCGAUCUCCCACCAUACUCCUGGGAUCACACGAGGACAUACUGGGCUGAGCCAAGGCUGAGCAAGAUGUAUCGCAAUAGAAGUUCGCCAAGAAUGGAUCUGAUAGGCGCACCGGAUAACACAUCAUGUCCGUUUGAGCCUCGGUGGAGAAAUCAUCUACGUACUUCGGAGCUACCUUGGCUUCAGGAUCACAAGAUUCAAGGAAGCAUCAUUUUCCCAGCAGCGGGAUACCUGACGAUGGCAAUUGAAGCUGCAAAACAGCUGAUGACCGAUGGAGAUGACUUUGAAACGUAUGUUCUGCAAGAUAUCGAGAUCAAAUCCGCCCUGGUGCUCAACGAAACAUCCGCCGUCGAGGUUAUGACGUCACUUUCGAAGCCCUCGCAUCAAAGUCACUUCUACAAUUUCCACAUUUAUUCAGUCACUGAAGACAAUAAAUGGACAGAGCACUGCACCGGGAUGAUUGGGGGACAGAAAAGCUUCGGCAAUUCGAAAGAAGGCACCGAAGACGCCGAAGGAUAUGUUAUGGUUCCUCUUGGGACAGAGGUUCACGGUAUAUCAGUGGUUGACAUCGCCAAUUUUUACACGGAGCUUCGUGAUUCCGGACUAGAGUACGGUCCAUGCUUUGCCAACCUAGAAGAAGCGCGGGUUACCCAGGACGGAGCCUGCUUUGCGGAUAUCACGGUUCCUGAUACCGGAUCCGUGAUGCCAGCAUCGUUUCAGUAUGAUCUUUUGAUUCAUCCCUGCACUCUUGACAGCAUCUUCCAUACUAUCCUCGCUGCGCUUCCAGCGGGUAUGGGGGUCGAGGAAGGACCUGUCAUACCUGUUUCAAUCGAAGAAAUGGUCGUCUCUUCUCGUUUGAAAUGCUUGGCUGGGGAGCUGAUGAGCAUUUGCACGCAUGUCCGGCCGAGUUCAGGCAAAGAUGUCACUGCGUGCAUAGCGGCGGUGGACUACAAUAAGAAGUUCGAGAUGGAUCCCAGUAUCUCAAUUCGCGGAUUACAGUGUGCGCGGCUCAGUCGCCGUGAGGUUCCAUCAACAACGGAGGAAACUGGGACUAUAUAUCGGAUCGACUGGAGACCAGAUCCCAAUUUCCUUGAGCCCGAGAAUUCUUCUGUCCUACUUACUAUGAGUGAUCUACAAGAAAGGUCGCUGGAUCUUAAUGAAAGCGAACAUCAUGCCGCCGAGUUCAUACGAGCUGCGUUGAGAGAAGUUGGCCCAGAAGAGGCGAUAAAUCUCGAUAUCUCCCAUCGCAGGCUCUGGUGUUAUCUUCAAGAUGUGCUUGAGAGAUAUGACAGUGAAGAUUCGCAAACGGCUUCAUACCUGGAUCGUCCCCACCCUGCUCAAAUCGGAUACCUUUUGAAUACUGUUGGUUCGAAUCUUGUGUCAAUCAUACGAAACCAAGUCGAAUACUCUGCCGUUAUUGAGGAUGAGGGCUCUCUCCUUGAGUAUUGGAAAAUGUUCGCCGCGGACAAAGCAUAUCAAGCUGCGGCAAACUAUAUCGGAUUACUAUGCCAUCAGAACCCAGCGAUAUCAAUUCUCGAAUUCGGAGUUGGCACCGGCCAGAUCGCUGAGAUAUUUCUGAAACACCUCACCCAGCCUGAGGGACCGCCACGUUGUGCAAAAUAUACAUUUGCCCACGAAAGUGAAUUGGUACUGGAUCAAACUUCCAGACAGUUAGAGCAAUGGCAGGAUUGGGUAGAGUGCAAACUCCUUGAUCUACGUGCCGACUUCUCCCAGCAAGGGGUGAAUCCGGGAUCAUUCGAUGUCAUCAUCCUGCCACACGGCCUGUGUACCGCCCGAUGUGAGCAGGAUGCUCUUCACAAGAUACACGACCUUUUGACUCCAUCUGGCUGCUUGAUCGCAAUCAAUCCCUUUGACCCAAAGGAAAGUGUUCUGAAGAGUGUCUUGUUCGGUGCUUUGCACUGCUUAUCGGCAGAUGAGCUCUGCUUGGGCCAAAGUGGUUGGACAGAAGGACAAUGGACGGAAAUACUGAGCGAUGCAAAAUUCAUCGCCGUCGAUAUAUUUACGGAGCAAGAGUCUCACAAAAGCCACCAAUUCAUCGUGGCGAAGAAGCAAACCCCAGAGAUCAUGGCUGGGAGCGGCGCAAAGUUCGCGAUCGUUGACGGAAGGAAUUCCGGUACUGAUGCGAAUAAACUCAUCAACUGCCUUCAAAAGAGAUGCUCGAAGGUCGCAUUGACUGAACUUAUGGAUUUAGACCCAGAGGGCAAAAUAUGCCUGGUCAUGGACACCGCAAAGACUUCGCUUCUCAUGCAACCAGAUGAGAUGACACUGAAAAAGAUCAAAGCUAUUUUCAUGCACAGCGCAGGAGUUCUUUGGGUCACUAGAGGUGGCAUACUCGACCCCAUUAACCCAGAUGCCGGGCUGGCUUCUGGGUUUGCAAGAACGGCUCGCGCGGAAUCUGGCGUCAAACCGAUCAUUACUCUGGACUUGAACUCUCGAAAUCCACUCUCUGAUUCACGAAGUGUGGAGUUGAUUUCGAAGCUACUGGUUACACAAUUUCUUUGCAAGAAUCCUGGCUCUGAUACGGAAUAUGCAGAGAGAGAUGGAGUUCUUUAUGUUCCACGCGUGGUCAAAGAUACGAAGACCACUACGGCCAUGGAAGGGGUUAGCCAGGCUGAAAUCGUAUCAACCCAGCUCUUCCAAAACCCGGAUCAGCCGUUGAGGCUUUCUGGAAGAAACAACGCGUCCACCUAUAUCCUCGACAUAAAAACUCCAGAUCUCCCGGCUGAUCAUGUCAGAAUCAGAGUAUUCUCAUUCGGCUUGCCGCGAGAAGAUAUUUUGCAAGACGCUGGGUAUUGGGAGCAGGAUGACACAGUUGGCAUGGGAUGCAGUGGCAUCGUUUGUCAGGUAGGCAGCGAAGUUCAGGGACUAGCAGUCGGCGACCACGUUGCAUGCCUUGGAGUUGGAACUGCGAGAAGUUUCUAUGAGGAUCGAGUCACGAAAUUCCAAAAGAUCCGUGACGACCUUGCAUUCGAGCUAGCCGCAUCGUUGCCUUUGGCAUAUACAACAGCAUUUUAUGUUGUGAAUCAUUUGGCUCAUGUUGAGCGAAAUGACAUCGUCUUAGUUGAUGAUGCGGGUAGUUAUUUCGGACAAGCCAUUGUUGAAUUGUGCUUGUUCAAGCAUGCUCGGGUGUUUGCGUUUGUCCAAAAUAGCCAUGAAAGCACGACCUUGGCUUCGACAUAUGGGCUCCCCGAGGUGAACAUGUUCCAUACCGGGGAGAUCGAUGCUGUAAAGGGUUUGCUUCGUCUGACGGAUGGCAGAAAGGCGAGCGCAGUAUUUGCUUUUGACACCUCACAGGAGAGUCUUCGAAACUGCGCCGCGCCAUUUGGCCGAUUUAUCCAGCUUCGCACUGAAUUCCACAAGCCAAACGUCUGGAGUUGCCCGCGAAACAUCACAACUUCAAUUUUCAACAUAUUUGAACUGCAGAGAGACAAUAAAGAAGUGGUGGAAAAAAAAAUGGUUACUUUACCCAAAAUGCCCCAAAGGUUGUUCCACGAAGAUGCCUCUUACCUGCUCGUUGGUGGACUCGGCGGAAUUGGACAAGAAAUCGCUCUUUGGAUGGCACACAAUGGGGUCAAGAGCCUAAUUUUCAUCAAUCGAAGCGGUUCAUUAAAAGAAAAGGCCAAAGCCACAGUGAACGAGCUGAUGGAGUGUGGCGUUCAAGUGACUAUCCGAAUCUGUGAUAUAUCCGAUGAGCCGAGCGUGAGCCGCGUUCUUGGCGAAGUGUCAAAAUGCGUGCCUCCAAUACGAGGAAUCAUCCAGGCAGCUAUGAUGCUCAAGGACAUUCACAUCGAGAACAUGCAGUCCGAGGAUUACUUGGGAGUAUUGAAACCCAAGUAUCAAGGCACCUGGAAUCUACAUCGAAACCUCCCAUCCGAUCUUGACUUCUUUGUGAUGCUUUCUUCCAUCAGCGGUGUCAUUGGAAACGCCACUCAGUCUGCAUAUGCCUCUGGUUGCGCGUUCCAGGAUUUCUUUGCAGCCUACAGGCAAAGUCUAGGCCUUGCUGCAGUAUCACUAGAUCUCGGGGUUAUCAGCGACGCAGGAUAUUUGGCGGAGAAUAAAGAAUUGGCCCAGAAAAUGAAACGACAGGGAUUUCAAGGUAUGGAUUCAAAAAGACUUCUUGGCUUGAUUGAGGUCGCUAUAUCAGAGCUGCGUGGCGAAAGAACCCAGAUGAUCACCGGCCUGGGUCGCUGGAAAGAAGGGGAAUCUCUGGGCAACUUUGACGAGCCAAUGUUUUCGCAUUUCCGAUAUCAAUCCGGCGGUCAUGGCGAUCCUUCUUCGCAAACAUCCUCGGAGCUACUGAAGGCCGAGCUGAGUUCAGCCAGGACCACCGAUCAGGCGGCUGCACUAAUAUGUGAAGCAAUCAGUAAGAAGCUGGCCACGCAUCUUUCUAUACCCGUGGAAAACAUCGAUUCAUCAAAUCGGGUAUCAGAGUAUGGUGUCGACUCGCAUGUCGCUAUUGAGUUGCGGGAUUGGAUUUUCAGGUCGAUGGCAUGCACGAUUCCUAUUCUGGAAAUUUUGGCGAAGUCAUUGAUUGAUUUGUCUUUCAAGGUCGCCAACGAGAUAUUCCAAGAGCACGAGCACUAA